GCCCUAGCAUUUCCGGACGCUGCGCGCCCUCUUCCCUCCCUGCCAAAUUGUGCUUCCACCCCCGGCCCGCCCCCGGGAAGGUUCUGGGCGUGCGCGGUGCAUUGUGGGGGGCCGGGAGCGAGCAGCCGCCGCGAUGAUGCCAACACCGGUUAUCCUGCUGAAGGAGGGCACGGACACCUCGCAGGGCAUCCCGCAGCUGGUCAGCAACAUCAACGCCUGCCAGGUGAUCGCCGAGGCCGUGCGCACCACGCUGGGCCCGCGCGGCAUGGACAAGCUCAUCGUGGAUGACCGGGGCAAAGCCACCAUCUCCAACGACGGGGCCACCAUCCUGAAGCUGCUGGACGUUGUGCACCCGGCCGCCAAGACCUUGGUGGACAUUGCCAAGUCGCAGGAUGCCGAGGUGGGUGAUGGCACCACGUCUGUGACCCUGCUGGCAGCUGAGUUCCUGAAGCAGGUGAAGCCCUACGUGGAGGAGGGGCUCCAUCCCCAGAUCAUCAUCCGCGCCUUCCGCACGGCCACGCAGCUGGCUGUGAACAAGAUCAAAGACAUCGCUGUCUCUGUGAAGAAGGAGGAUAAAGAUGAGCAGAGGAGUCUCCUGGAAAAGUGUGCAGCCACAGCCCUGAGCUCCAAGCUCAUCUCCCAGAGCAAGGAGUUUUUCUCCAAGAUGGUUGUAGAUGCUGUGAUGAUGUUGGAUGACUUGUUGCAGCUCAAGAUGAUCGGGAUAAAGAAGGUGCAAGGAGGAGCUCUGGAAGACUCACAGCUGGUGGCUGGAGUUGCCUUUAAGAAAACCUUCUCCUACGCUGGGUUUGAGAUGCAGCCCAAGAAGUACCAGUCCCCCAAAAUCGCCCUGCUCAACGUGGAGCUGGAGCUCAAGGCUGAGAAGGACAACGCCGAGGUCAGAGUGAACACGGUGGAGGAUUACCAGGCCAUCGUGGAUGCAGAGUGGAACAUCCUGUAUGACAAACUGGACAAAAUCCACAAGUCAGGAGCCAAGGUGGUGCUGUCCAAGCUGCCCAUUGGGGACGUGGCCACGCAGUACUUUGCAGACAGGGACAUGUUCUGUGCCGGCCGUGUCCCUGAGGAGGAUCUCAAGAGGACCAUGAUGGCCUGUGGGGGAUCCAUCCAGACCAGUGUCAAUGCCCUGUCGGAUGAUGUGCUGGGCCGCUGUGAGCUCUUUGAGGAGACCCAGAUUGGGGGAGAGAGGUACAACUUGUUCACGGGCUGCCCCAAGGCCAAGACGUGCACCAUCAUCCUGCGCGGCGGCGCCGAGCAGUUCAUGGAGGAGACCGAGCGCUCCCUGCACGACGCCAUCAUGAUCGUCAGGAGGGCCAUCAAGAACGACUCGGUGGUGGCAGGCGGCGGCGCCAUCGAGAUGGAGCUCUCCAAGUUCCUGCGGGAUUACUCGCGCACCAUCCCGGGCAAGCAGCAGCUGCUGAUCGGCGCCUACGCCAAGGCCCUGGAGAUCAUCCCCCGGCAGCUGUGCGACAACGCCGGCUUCGACGCCACCAACAUCCUCAACAAGCUGCGCGCCAAGCACGCCCAGGGCGGGAUGUGGUACGGCGUGGACGUGACCAACGAGGACAUCGCAGACAAUUUCCAGGCGUGCGUGUGGGAGCCGGCCGUGGUGCGCAUCAACGCGCUGACGGCCGCCUCGGAGGCCGCGUGCCUCAUCGUGUCCGUGGACGAGACCAUCCGCAACCCGCGCUCCAGCGUGGAGCCUGCUGCGGCUGCCGGGGCUGCUGGUGCCCGGGGCCGCGCCCGUGCCCGGCCCCACAACCACUGAGGGCUGCUGGAAACCCGCGGGGAUCGGGCUGCUCCUGCCCUGCAGAGAGCUGCCAGCCCCACAGCCACUGAGCAGCUGCUCCUGCCCCUGCAGAGAGCUGCCAGCCCCACAGCCACUGAGCAGCUGCUCUUUCCCUGCCCAGGGCUGCCAGCCCC